ACCUGCGACCACAGAGAUGUGCGGCUGCUUCAGGUUCUGCAGAAGGAAAGCUUUCUGGCCCCGUCGCGCCGCCAAGAUGAAGAUGCGUUCACACUCAGACACGUCGUCGGUGGACGGCUUCGGGAGGAACCACCAAGACAAAGGGGCCAGAUCUGCAGGAGCAAAGCUGAUCAAAGGCAUUCAGAGAAUAUGGGGGGGCCCCACCAACCAGCCCCCGCCUCAGAUGAGCAGCAGCACUCCGUCCAGCAUCGAUGGACUUCAUGCAGCCGUCCAGGAGGAGCCUCAGCUCGACACACCACUGACGGGGGCUCGGACGUUGGAGCAGUGCCUGGAGGGCCAGUUUUUCCAUGAGGCCAGCCAGCUGCUCAUCGAGCGAGAGAACCGCCUCUUCGGAGAUAUAAUGGGGAUGGAGAAAGUGGAAUCUCCGGAGGAGGAAGUGGCCAAGCUGUCGGCGGAGCGGGCGGCCCUGGAGAAGCUGAUCCUGCAGACCGUGAAGCGGAGUCUGUCUCUGAACCGGGACCUGAACUUUCGUCUGGCCCCGGCGCUGUCCUCGGCCGUGCGGGCCAUCCAGCAGGAGGAGCAUCAGGACCAGCUGUGGAGGCGGAAAGGCUGGACGCCUCCGGACUGGAGGCCCUGCGGCUGGAGGAGGCUCCACGACGCGAGGCUGCGGGAGCUGGUGGAGGAGCGCAUGGAGAACCCCCCGACGCCUCCGUCCGAGCCGCAGGCCGGCCAGUCCUCCAUCAAGGCCAGCAUCCACAGCAUGGGCCUCCGCAUGAAGGAGGACCUGCUGCUGGUGGUGGAGGCGGUGAGGACCUGCUACCCCCCGGAGAUGGACAUCUGUAACUUUUACGCCGCUCAGUAUCACCGGACCUUCAGCUCCAGAGUCAGCAGCCUGGCGCAGUUCGUUCUGGAUGACUCGGACUGCAGCUUCCUGCUGCGCUGGGUCAACGACCAUUACCCCAGAAUCCUCCAGAAGCUGUCAGCUGAGAUCGACUCUUCGGCGCUGGGAAAGCUGCUGACGGACGAUCUGCUGGAGCCUCUGGAGGAGCAGUACCUGAGCAAACAGCAGACCGAGCUGACCACCUACAUGGACCGAGUCCUGGAGGAGGCCAGAGACAACUUCACCAGCGGAGAGGAGCCGGCCAUGGAGGACGGCUGCUACGUCAGCACCAUGGCCUUCGAUAUCAUCCAGUUCAUUCACGGCAUGGUGACCUCCGCAGAGGCCAUCGUGGGAGACCUGGCCAAAGCCCAGAGGAUAACCUGCGAGCUGAAAGGUUUGAUGCAGAGGUUCCAGAGCUUCCAGGCAGCCGUCAUCAAGCAGAACCGAGCGACCAGCAGAGCUCAGGUCAAAGCCAACCUCAGCUGCAUCGCCCAGUUCAGCGACGUCCUCAGGAAGAAGCAGCUGCUCCCGGCGGACCUGCAGGAGAACUGCCUGUCGGUGCUGAGCGACAUGAAGCAGAGUGCGCACACUUACCUGCUAACUCCCGUCCACAAAGGGCUGAAGCCUCAUUACCAGAAGCUGGGAACCAACGACUGGCUGCACAACUCCCACUUCGAGAAGCUGCUGGUCGCCGUUGAAAAAGAGCUUCAGGAGCUUCAGGGUUCGAUUCCGUCCAGCAACCAGGAGCUGAUGGGCCAGCUGCACCGCGAGGUGACCGAGGAGUACGUCAAGAGGCUGCUGAGGGGAGAGGUCAGGCUGAAGGACAAGGAGAAGCAGCUCAAAGCGUACGCCACGGUGAAGGACGACGCUGACAGCCUACACCGGCUCUUCAGCAGGAUGGGAUCACAGGAGGACUGGUUAAAGGAAAUCCUCCACAAGAUCGCCGAGGUGCUGAGACUCCAGGACGUCCCCGCCCUCCAAAUGCAGGUCGUCUUGCUGGGAUCCGAUUAUCCUGACCUCAGUGAGAAACACGUCUCGGCGCUGCUCAAACUGAAGACGAACAUCAGCAAAGUGGACCGCAGGACGAUCAAAGCCACCCUGGUGGAAACGCUGGACGGCUGCAGGCCCGACGUCAGUACCCAGACCUUCUUCUCCAGAGUGGACGUCAGAUGAUCUCCAGCAUCUGCUCUGGCCUUUAAACACUCCUGUCCCUUCACACAACAGCGGUUCUCAAAAAAGACUUUUUGGAAAUGACUCACACGGUGGAACUUUUUGAAAUGGCGCCACGCCCUCAAGUAAAUAGUUCUUCUGCACAUGUGUGACUAGAUGGACAACAAAAAUCAUGUUGAUGAUGUUUCUAGCUUAUCGUUCUCUGCACGUGUGCCUGUGUGGUUUCAUCACAAAAACAAAUAGCACCCACCGGUGGCCUGGCAUGCUAACUGCAUCCUGAUGCCAUGGAUACGGACAUGGUUUUCAGGACACUGCUGUGUAAAAGCAAAACUUUUCUGAAAUGGAAACAAAAAUGAACCGUUUUCACUUGAAACAUGGUGGUAAAAAAAAAUGGACCUCGAUGACUAGAAGCCCGUUUGUGUGUUUUGGAAGAAGUGGUAGUUCUCAGUGUUGCUGGACGACGCGGCGCCGUUCACUGCUUCGCUCCUGUCAGCGUUCGUCAGAUGGUGCGUAUAUUUUUUUUUUUAACAAAUCUUUGUUGUUGUUUUCCUGUUUCCUUUCAUGCUGUGCAUUAAGUGUUGGAUUAAAAUUAGAUUUAUGAAUAAAUUUCACAUUUGAAAACUGUUCUGAAAUAUCUGGUUCACUGAGUUUACAGAAUUAAAAUGU